AUGGCGAUUGUGAUUAAUAACAUGUUGUCCAACACCAUUUUCUCUAAAGAUUUGACUGAUCCAUUUUCCGAUUCUGCUAAGGAAUUUAAAGAAUUGGUGUGGCAGAUCAUGGUUGAAGUUGGUAAACCCAAUUUGGUGGACUAUUUUCCCUUUCUUAAAAAGAUUGAUCCACAAGGUAUAAGACGUCGCUCAACUGAUUAUUUUACUAAAAUUCUUCACCUUAUGAGUGAUUUGAUCGAUGAGCGGCUAAAGGAAAGGGAAAUGGGAAAUCGUGAAAAUAUUGAUGUGUUAGAUGCCCUUCUCGACAUUAGCCCUCAUGAAAUUGACAGAAAUCAAAUCGAGCAACUGUGUUUGGACUUGUUUGCAGCAGGGACCGAUACGAUGUCAAAUACAUUGGAGUGGGCUAUGGCUGAACUACUCAAGAAUCCACAUACUUUCGAGAAAGCACAAGAAGAACUAGCACAAGUAAUUGGCAGAGGCAAACUAAUAGAUGAAGCUGAUGUUGCAAAAUUACCUUACUUGAGGUGCAUCGUAAAAGAAACCUUUCGAAUACACCCACAAGUUCCUUUCCUAAUUCCGCACAAAGUUGAGGAGGAUGUUGAUCUUUAUGGCUAUACUAUUCCAAAAGACUCCCAGGUUCUUGUGAACGUAUGGGCAAUAGGGCGCGACUCUAGUCUAUGGGAAGACCCUUUGGACUUUAAGCCGGAGAGGUUUUGGGAGUCAGAUAUAGAUGUUAGAGGUCGGGAUUUUGAGCUAAUUCCAUUUGGUGCUGGUCGAAGAAUUUGCCCUGGAUUGCCUUUGGCUAUCAGGAUGAUUCAAAUCGCGCUAGGUUCAUUGAUAAAUACCUUUAAUUGGAAGCUAGAUGGUGGAAUUGCACCUAAAGAUUUGGACAUGGAGGAAAAAUUUGGAAUUACCCUGGCAAAAGCUCAACCUCUGCUAGCUAUCCCUAUUCCACUGUAGAUGUUGGUAGAUCAAGAAUUAAUACUACAAUAUCAUAUUAAUAUAUGUAAAAAUAUUCUAGUGUAUAAUAUUUCUAUAAGCGUUGGAUUCAUUUGGAUGUCUGUCGAGCACUGUCAAAAUGCUAUAUAAGUCAUUGUAUUUGUAGAUCUAUAUAUACUUGUGUAUCCUUGAAAUAAGACCAUGUCACCACCAAGGAUUAUGUAUUUCUUUCUUGGUUUUCAGUAAUGACAAUAU